CCUGACCCUAAACUGAAGUGUGAGCAUAUGACUAAAGGUGAGAUUAAUACCCUGGAGGAUGUGAGUGAGAGGAUGUGACUGCCUGUUGACAAGUGGACUGGACCAGGACAAUGAAGGCUUCUUAACCAUUUCCCUUGUCCUUGGAAUAUACAAUACGCCCACUGAUCCCAUACUGGGAGCUGCUUCAAGGAUGCAAUCUGGAGAGAGUAAUGUGUUAUUGAGACCAUCUGGACUGUAUAUGUGACCGAACCCCUUGGUGGCCUCUAUAUAAUCCUCUAAGAUUUUGACUGUGAAAUGGCACCAGGGAGCACUUCCAGCGACAGGCAGAAGUGUGUGGAUAUGCUGGAGCAAACCUGAAGCACUCGUCCCUUCAACCUGUCAUCCUUCUCCAAGUCAGUCAGCCCCUCAGACGUGCUGACUGGACACCUCCAGGAUGCCACCCAAGAGAGUUCAAAUCCAACUGGAGGAAAAAGAAGAUGAUACUGAAGAAAAUUCAAGUGAAGAGGAAGAAGAAAAACUACCUCGAAGAGAGAGUUUGAGACCAAAGAGGAAACGGAAAAGAGAUGUUAUCAAUGAGGAUGACCCUGAACCUGAACCAGAGGAUGAAGAAACAAGGAAGGCCAGAGAAAAAGAAAGGAGAAGGAGGUUGAGGAGAGGAGCGGAAGAAGAAGAAGAAAUUGAUCAAGAGGAGCUGGAAAGAUUGAAGGCAGAGUUAGAUGAGAAUAGACAAGUGAUUGCUACAGUCAAAUGCAAGCCUUGGAAAAUGGAGAAGAAAAUUGAAGUUCUCAAGGAAGCAAAAAAAUUUGUGAGUGAAAAUGAAGGGGCUCUUGGGAAAGGAAAAGGAAAGAAGUGGUUUGCAUUUAAGAUGAUGAUGGCUAAGAAAUGGGCAAAAUUUCGUCGUGAUUUUGAGAACUUCAAAGCUGCCUGUAUCCCCUGGGAAAAUAAAAUCAAGGCAAUUGAAAGUCAGUUUGGUUCAUCAGUGGCCUCAUACUUCCUCUUCUUGAGAUGGAUGUAUGGAGUAAAUAUGGUUUUAUUUAUCUUGACAUUCAGCCUCAUCAUGUUGCCAGAGUACCUCUGGGGUUUGCCAUACGGCAGUUUACCUAGGAAAACAGUUCCCAGAGCUGAAGAGGCAUCGGCAGCAAACUUUGGUGUAUUAUACGACUUCAAUGGCUUGGCGCAAUACUCCGUUCUCUUUUAUGGCUAUUACGACAAUAAACGAACGAUUGGAUGGCUGAAUUUCAGGCUGCCGCUCUCCUAUUUUCUGGUGGGGAUCAUGUGCAUUGGAUUCAGCUUUCUGGUUGUCCUUAAAGCGAUGACCAAAAAUAUCGGUGACGAUGGGGGUGGUGAUGACAACGCUUUUAACUUCAGCUGGAAGUUGUUCUGCAGCUGGGACUACUUGAUCGGUAAUCCUGAAACAGCAGACAACAAGUAUAAUUCUAUCACAAUGAACUUUAAGGAAGCUAUCAUAGAAGAAAGAGAAGCCCAAGUAGAAGAAAAUGUCCACUUAACCAGAUUCCUGAGGUUUCUUGCUAACUUCUUCGUGUUUCUAACGCUUGGCGGUAGCGGAUACCUCAUCUUUUGGGCUGUGAAACGAUCCCAGGAAUUUGCACAGAUGGAUCCUGACACCCUUGGGUGGUGGGAAAAAAAUGAAAUGAACAUGGUCAUGUCCCUAUUGGGGAUGUUCUGUCCAACAUUGUUUGAUUUAUUUGCUGAGUUGGAAAACUACCAUCCCCUCAUUGCUCUGAAAUGGCUACUGGGACGCAUUUUUGCUCUUCUUUUAGGCAAUUUGUAUGUAUUUAUUCUUGCCUUGAUGGAUGAGAUUAACAACAAGAUUGAAGAGGAGAAGCUAGUAAAGGCCAAUAUUAGUCUAUGGGAAGCCAACAUGAUCAAAGCCUACAAUGCCUCACUCACUGGAAAUACCACUGGGCCGCCCUUUUUUGUGCAUCCUGCAGAUGUGCCUCGAGGGCCCUGCUGGGAAACAAUGGUGGGACAGGAAUUUGUGCGGCUCACUGUUUCUGAUGUUCUGACAACCUAUGUCACGAUCCUCAUUGGAGACUUUCUCCGGGCUUGUUUUGUAAGGUUCUGCAAUUACUGCUGGUGUUGGGACUUGGAAUAUGGAUAUCCCUCAUACACGGAAUUUGACAUCAGUGGCAAUGUCCUCGCUCUGAUCUUCAACCAAGGCAUGAUCUGGAUGGGUUCCUUCUUUGCUCCAAGCCUCCCAGGCAUCAAUAUUCUUCGACUUCACACAUCAAUGUACUUCCAGUGCUGGGCCGUGAUGUGCUGCAAUGUUCCCGAGGCCAGAGUCUUUAAAGCUUCCAGAUCGAAUAAUUUCUACCUGGGCAUGCUAUUGCUCAUCCUCUUCUUAUCCACCAUGCCUGUCCUAUACAUGAUCGUAUCCCUCCCACCAUCUUUUGAUUGUGGCCCCUUCAGUGGCAAAAAUAGGAUGUUUGAAGUCAUUGGAGAAACACUGGAGCAUGAUUUCCCAAGCUGGAUGGCAAAGAUCUUAAGACAGCUUUCUAAUCCUGGACUGGUCAUUGCUGUCGUUUUGCUUAUGGCCUGCAGCUGCUGGUGGCCAGUAACUUUCACAGAUAUGUUGGAGGCCCACAUGUACUCCUCACCUUGCUGUUUGAAAGGACUGACAGGUGAAUGUCCAGAACAUAAGAAUUGUGGAGUUGGUGUUCCCUGUUCUAAACCUGGUGGAUUAUCAAGGUCAGCCUGGUUCAUCAAAACAUUAAUUUAGCAAGCAGGACCUCCACCUUUCUCCAAAAUAAAGAUUUCUUUCUACGUUUUGCCACAUUCUCCCAUACCCACUUCCCUUUAAAAUUGAAUUUUAAAUGGAUGUGAAUCAACAACAUAGAUUAAUGUUUUACUUGAUAAGUUAAUUUAAAAUCAUUUGCUCACAUGGACUUUCAUUUUAUGAAUUUCUUCUGUUAAGUUUCUUGGGAUAGGAACAGGAGUAUUUCAUCUUCUCUUUUCCUGGAAGUUGAGAGAUAUAUUCAUAAAAUACUCAAUAUAAUCAUUCAUUAACUCACUUUUUGAAACCAAGUCCAUAUUUUCCUUUUUUUUCUGUUUGCCCAUUCAUGGUUCCCACAAAUAUAAACCCAAAACCUUUUUAUUGGCUUCUGAUUUCAAUAUGAAAAGGGAUGAAUCUGAUCAGCACCAGUUGCAGGUCUCUCCCCUUAAGUAGGUGUGUGGUUAUUAGACAACCCAACCUUUUUUUUCCUUUUUGAAAAAAAAAAUUCUUCUUGAGGUAACAUUAAUUUGCAAGACUUUAUGUAAUUUAGAGGUGUAGGAUCACACCUCUUCGGAUUAUCCCAGUCUUCUGAGUUAAAAAUAGUAUGACACUGGAAAUAAUUACAGUUCAAUCACAGUCUGAUUAUUUGCCCUUCAAAGGGGCUAUCUCCUGAGUAUAAACUCCCAUAUUCUGUAAUUUUUUUUUUUUUUGGUAACAUUAGGAAAAUACCCACUUUGGAGGAUGGCCAGUUUAUAGAUGUGUUUAAGUAUUACUAUUUAAAUUGACUUUGAAUAGUAACACUCAAAGCCCUCAGCUUGUCUUGUUGUGUGACUUCAAUUAUCUCUUAAAAUCUCAAUGUCCUUUUCUGGAGCUAAGGUAAUUUGUCUGCCACUCUCUGCAGUUGACUUGCUGAGUUUUUAUUGCUAUGUCUUUCAGUUUCUCCCUUUUCACUCUUUUUCUGGCCAUACAGUGAUCACCCUUCUGUCCUGUCCAUGCAUGUAUUCAGCACUGCCAGUCUACCAAAUCCAAGAUUUAAUUUCCUGUGCUCAUCUCUUUCAGAUUAGCUUUUGUUCCCAAUCAUAUCAUUCCCUGAUAGGUCUUCUUGUCUAUAUGUCUUUAAUUCAGAAUCUAUUAUGUAUACUGAUUGCCCUGUGCUUUGUAAUGACCCUUUGUUGUUUCUUCUAUACACGGGAUCAUCUUUUCUGUCCAGAUUGUAAGCCCUCUGUGAGCAGGGAUCAUAUAUCCUAACACCUUUUUAGUGCUGUGCACAGGUAGGCACUGAAUAAAUGCUUGCUAAUUAAAUUGAAUCAAUUUAACUUACAGCAAUUGCACUGUGAAACAAAAACUUCUGUUACCUGCACAAAAAAUAUUACUAUGAUGUAAGAAAUGGUGUUACCUAUUGAUGUGCUGAGUUCAUUAUCUCAAUAGAUUAAAAUGCAGAUGAGUAAAUAAAGCUUGCAUGUAAGUCUACUGGAUGAUUUUUGCACUGUGCAGUAGUAAAAUUAGGGAAUUGUUUUUUGUGUUGCCAAAUUUGAAAUGUGGAUAACACUUGCUUUUGAGCUAUUUCAUCACUCUUUUGUGGCUCAGACGCCACAUUAAUCUCCUUAAUUUACAGAAUUAAUUCCAAAAUUAAUGAUAACUUCCCACUUAGGGCAAGGCAUAGACAUCACAACUCUAUCAGAUAGAAAUUGAGAAAAAAGACUUGCUUUCUCUUACUCCCUAUCAAAUAUAAUAUUAAGCAAAAUCCAGCUAUUACCUCACCUUUCCAACACUGAUGAGAUAAGGAUAAAGUGGGAAUUAUGAUGAUUAGUAAGGCUUCCCUUGAAUAAAAAUAUGCAUGUGGAUAAUAUCAUGUUAUAAUUUUCUUUU